UUUAGGGAAUUGUGCAUCUAAGUGCCCAGCCAGCACCAACACCAUCGACAUUCCCAACCCUGCAUUUUAUGAAUUGUGAUUCUCAGACGUCCGGGUGCAGAUGCGAGGCUUCUGGGUCAUGUACUUAUGGGUGAGAUACGCUCACACAUUUGGGUCCCCUGAUACAUGCUCUUUGAGGAUGCGCGUCCGAAUCGGUGUAGGAGGUGGUAAUCGCGGCAACUUUUCUUCCUUAUAUUGCAGACUUGAGUGGGCCAACCGACUCAAGAGACUGGUUUGUAACUCAAUGACAAACCAAAAGCAUCCUAUUUCACCUAUUAACCACAUGGCAAUGCCGCAACCUACGUCCCUCGGCACAGGCUAGUCAAGGGACGGGACUCACAUGGCUCUUGGGAGGUGGCGCUC